GCCUUCAAUAUUUAUAAAUUUAUACUUUUUAAAAAAAAUUCUACAAACAGAAAUUACACUCAGCGAAAAUAGAAAUGGUUUGAAACAAUAUCGAGGGACACCUUUAUAGACGAUCAAGAAUGACAUGCAUUACAAAUGCACAAAAUUGGCACCCUUUCAAUAUAUCAGCCUCGUUCUGAUCAUUGGCACCUGGUCUAGGAUUGGCCUCGUUUUUAAGGACGUACGUUUAAUGCAGGCAGCUUUAUUGUUGAAGCAGAUCAACAGAGUAGAUCUAUAAGUCGACGUGACCUAGACGCAGUUCUAUCGAUAAUCGUGCCAAAAUGGAUGGUGCCAGUAGCAGCACUGAUGAUUGUGAAGCCAAGGCAACCAUGAUGAAGAAGGACAGUGACUGUGCAAAGAAGCAGGCUCACCAAGACGACAUUUUCGAUCAAUUGGGGAGUUUUGGCUGCUUUCAGCACCGUGUUUUGCCACUCUUUUGUCUGUGCAAUACGUUCGCUGCUCUGCAGUAUAUGGCCAUCACGUUUAUGGAGUACACACCUGCCCAUAGGUGUAUACUGCCGACUUAUUCCAAUAACACAGGUUCAUCUCAACCGCAACACGUAUUCCGCUAUGGGACAGUUAAUGAAAGUGACAUCCAUAUAACGCUGUCUCGAACUAAUAGUGAACGUAACCCUUGUAAUGACGUCAGCAAUAUGAGUGACGUCAGCCGUGAACGGGACGCACGAUGCAACAGCUGGGUGUACGAUAAGACUUUGUUUAAGGAAACGUAUCCUACUGAGUUUAAUCUGGUUUGUGAUGACGCCAGUAAAGUAACCAUGACGACGUUGAUGUUUCUGAUUGGUGCAGCCGCAGGGAAUGUAUGGAUAGGGUUUCUGUCGGAUCGGGUUGGUCGGCAGAUAGCACUAGGCAUUGCCCUACUAUUAGAGUGUGCGGCAGGGAUGUCCGCGGCGUUUGCACCCUCUCCAACAGCGGCAAUGGUCUUCAGGUUCUUCCUCGGAGCCUGUUCAAGCGGGUCCUACACCACGUCAUUUGCGUUCGGGAUGGAGGUCAUUGGUUCCAAAAAGAGAAUGCUUGUUGGAAUCAUCAUGCAUUUCUCAUUCGCUUUUGGAAGUUGUCUGAUUUCCGGAAUUGCGUACGCAUUCCGCCAUUGGCGCCACAUCCAGAUUGCCAUAUCGGCACCAUUGUUUCUGAUGGCCGUGUACACAUGGUUUAUUCCGGAGUCGUUGCGUUGGUUGCUGUCAAAGGGAUACAAAAAGGAAGCUGCGCGAGUUGCUCUGCGCAUUGCCAAAGAGAACGGCUGCCAUAUUGAAUCAACAGACGCCCUAUUCAGAGAGCCCGAGCCAGUGUCCGUCCGGAAAAGAACCAGAGACAUUCCAAAGGAGUUGUGCCAAACGCCCCGUCUUUUGUUGUGCAUGGUCAUUCUCUCUGUAAACUGGGCAAUUCUUGAAUCCACCUGGUAUGGUAUAGGACUCAACACCGGGAAUCUCGGCGGAAGUAUAUUUCUCAACUUUUUCCUGCUUAGCCUGAUGGAGUUUCCCGCCGUUUGUGUGGUAUUUACUAUCAACCGAUUCGGCAGAAAAGUCCCCUUCGUUUCUUCCAUGGUUUUGUGUGGGAUAUUCUGCUUAUCUGUCAUAUUUGUAGAGUUGUACAUGGGAGUAGACGACCCUUCAUCAAACUGGAUACGAGUGGCGCUCUCUGUCGGUGCAAAGCUCUUCAUCUCGGUCGCUUACAACAUCGUGUACAUAUGGGGUGCUGAACUCUACCCAACAGUCAUGCGCACGGUUGGCAUGGCGAUAUCAAUCAUGGUAGCAAAGAUAGGGACUCUUUUAGCUCCUGUCAUUGUGAGGGAGCUCAACUACAGCGGAUAUUUCAAAGAUAAAAGCACCUUGCCUCUUGUCAUCUUCGGAGGAAUGUCUGUCCUCGGUGGCCUGUCUUCGCUUUUACUGCAAGAAACGGCCAACAAACCUCUGCGACAAACAAUAACGGAAAUGCACAAGAAAUGUACGUCACUUCCGGUAAAAGACACGUGUGACGUAAAACUGAAUGGAGAAUUUGGCUCUCAUACGGAAAAGCAGACACUCAGUGAAGGCUAUUCUGAUGGUGACAAUGCAAAAACCACGGCUAACUUAUUAUAGCAAUAUAUAAAUUACUGGAAUAAAUGAUUAUUAUAUUUAUAUAUUUUUUUCACGGUAUUAAAUAACGCACAUAAAAAUGUCUUUGUUCCAUGGAUAAAAUGUGUGAGUAAUUGUAAGCAGAUUUGAAAGACCUUUAUUUAUACAUUUAUACAAAUUUCCUCUUAAUCAAGAUUUCCAAUAAACUUAUUUUAUAUAAUUUUAGAA